AUGGCCACAGGAGUUGCCUAUGUUCUCCCUGUCCUUCUUUUUGCUGCACUGGCUGUUGGAGUGUUGUCGGAUCCAAUUUUCGAUGUUACAGACUAUGGAGCCAUAGGAGAUGGCACAACGAAUGACACUGAGGGAUCUGUGUGUGUUUUUGCCUUUCUGCUUUUUGCUUCACUUGCUGUUGGGGUUUUAUCGGGUCCGGUCUAUAAUGUUAUAACCAACGGAGCCAAAGGAGAUGGCAAAACAGACGACGCCCAAGCAUUCAUGGACACAUGGAAUGAAGCAUGCGCAGAUUCUAAAGCUCCAACCUUCCUCGUACCUUCAGGGUAUACAUUCUUGGUGGACCAACUCUACUUCCAGGGGCCUUGCCGGUCUUUCAUCAAUGCACAGGUUGAUGGAACUAUUUUGUCACCCUUCAAAAUUCGGGUGAUUAGGGACAACCAUUGGAUUAAAUUUAUAGACAUCAAUGGGAUAAGUAUUAAGGGAAAAGGCUACAUUGAUGGUCAAGGCGCUAUUUGGUAUGCUUGUAGAGCUCAGCAGAAAUGCAAGAAUGGACCCACUGCAUUUGUAGUCAGAAACUGCACAAAUGUCAGCUUGAAUGGCUUAGACUUCAAAAACAGCCCUAUGAUGCACCUCACCAUACAACAAUCUUCAGUGGUUAGUGUGAGGGGGAUCACCAUUACAGCUCCUGAAGAUAGUCCUAACACAGAUGGUAUACACAUUGGAAGAAGCAAGCACGUGCAAAUCAUGAAUUCUAACAUUGGUACAGGCGAUGAUUGCAUAUCUAUUGAGACCUCCACAGUGGAUGUUAAUAUCAGUCAUGUAACAUGUGGUCCAGGCCAUGGCAUAAGCAUUGGAAGCUUGGGUGAAGAUGACUCAGAAGCACGAGUGGAGGGUAUCCGUGUUUCCUAUUGCCAAUUCAAUGGGACUUCAAAUGGAGUAAGAAUAAAGACAUGUCAGACUUUGGCUGUACAAGUGAGCAAUGUGCAAUAUGUUGAUUUAGUAGGAUCAUCAGCUACCGAUGAAGCCAUCGUCCUCAAGUGUAGCCAAAGCAAGGCUUGCACAAACCUUGCCAUGAACAAUGUCAAACUCCAAUCUGCAGAUCCAGGGAAGAACAUCACAACCACCUGCUUCAAUGCGUAUGUAACAAAGACAGGUCCGGUCUUGCCGACACUCUCCUGUUCGAUGCAAGACUGA